UUAGCUGCCCAGCUCCACUCCCCCGUCACCAGAACUGCCUCCUUUUUCUGGCCUCAAGGCAAUUUAAAGGUUGCACCUCAGUCCAAGAAGGUGGCAAGAACCCCUAACUCCUAACUCCUACACUGGUAUGUUUUUGGGUUCAUUCUCUUUCUGGGAACUGAGCAGUGCUCACUGAACAUCUCCAUCAAGCUGGACCAUCUACCUGCUUCUGAUUCCAUGUCUUCAUUAGAGGAUGGGGUAAUCUACGACAGCAGCAUGGCACAAAAAGAGAAGCUUCAAUGCCUGAAAGACUUCCAUAAGGACACUCUGAAGCCAUCCCCGGGGAAAAGUCCUGGCACCCGACCUGAGGAUGAAGCUGAGGGAAAACAUCCUCAGCGGGAGAAGUGGGCCAGCAAGCUUGACUUUCUUCUGUCUGUCGCUGGAGGCUUUGUUGGUUUAGGAAAUGUCUGGCGUUUCCCAUACCUCUGCUAUAAGAAUGGUGGAGGUGCAUUUCUCAUCCCGUACUUCAUUUUCCUGUUCGGUGGUGGCCUACCUGUGUUUUUUCUUGAGGUGGCUCUUGGCCAGUUCACCUCUCAGGGAGGAAUCACUUGUUGGGAAAAAAUCUGCCCCAUCUUUACUGGUAUCGGCUAUGCUUCCAUCGUGAUCGUUUCCCUCCUGAACGUCUACUACAUUGUGAUUUUGGCUUGGGCCUUGUACUACCUGUUCCAGUCCUUCAAUCCUGACCUUCCCUGGGCCAGCUGUAAGAAUAAGUGGAACACAGACAAGUGUAUAGAGGACACAUUGCGCAAGAACAUGAGCAGCUUGGGGCCUGCCGCUAUAAGCAACUACACGUCACCUGUCACCGAGUUCUGGGAACGUAAUGUGCUCAGCAUUUCUGAUGGCAUCGAGAACAUAGGCCCUGUGAAAUGGGAUCUGGCUCUGUGUCUCCUUGCUGUGUGGGUCAUCUGUUUCUUCUGUAUAUGGAAGGGCGUGAAGUCCACCGGAAAGGUUGUGUACAUCACGGCAACCUUCCCAUUUGUCAUGCUGGGUAUCCUCCUGGUCCGGGGUGUCACACUUCCUGGGGCAUCCGAGGGCGUCAAGUUCUAUCUGUAUCCAAAUAUCACCCGUCUCCAGGAUCCUGAGGUUUGGAUUGAUGCAGGGACACAGAUUUUCUUUUCCUAUGCCAUAUGUUUGGGAGCAAUGACAUCACUGGGGAGCUACAACAAGUACAAAUACAACUGCUACAGGGACUGUUUGCUGCUGGGAGGCCUGAACAGCGCUACCAGUUUUGUGUCUGGCUUCGCAAUAUUUUCCAUCCUGGGCUUCAUGGCACAAGAGCAAGGGGUGGACAUUGCCGAUGUGGCAGAGUCAGGUCCUGGUUUGGCCUUCAUUGCUUACCCUAAAGCUGUGACGAUGAUGCCACUGCCUACGUUUUGGGCCAUUCUAUUCUUCAUCAUGCUUCUGCUACUAGGUCUCGACAGUCAGUUUGUUGAAGUGGAAGGACAGGUCACCUCACUGGUAGAUUUGUAUCCAUCCUUCCUACGGAAGGGUUACCGUCGAGAAAUCUUCAUAGCUAUAUUAUGCUUUAUGAGCUACCUGCUGGGACUUGCCAUGGUCACCAAGGGUGGCAUGUAUGUCUUUCAACUCUUUGACUACUAUGCAGCCAGUGGUGUGUGCCUUUUGUGGGUUGCAUUCUUUGAAUGCAUUGCAGUAGCCUGGAUUUAUGGUGCUGAUAAUUUCUAUGAUGCAAUCGAGGACAUGAUUGGAUACAGACCAAAUCCUUGGAUGAAGUGGUGCUGGACUGCAAUUACACCUAUUCUUUGUGUGGGAUGUUUCAUUUUCUCUCUGGUCAAAUACAAGCCUCUGACGUACAACAAAAUCUAUGAGUAUCCAGACUGGGCCAUUGGUUUGGGCUGGACCCUCGCCCUCACCUCCAUGAUUUGCAUACCUAUGGUGGUUGUGAUCAAGAUCAUCCAGUCUGAAGGCCCACUCAUUGAGAGGAUUAAAGCAGUGGCAGCUCCAGUGCGAAGCAAUACAAAUUCAUGUCCUCAGGAGUACCGACCGAAGGGCUCAGAAGUGUCACAUCCCCUUGACCCCAAUGGGAACAACGGCUUGAUCAAGCCCAGCCACACUAUCGUAGAAACCAUGAUGUGAGCGCUCUCUGUGAGAGAAUCCAAUCACCUGCUUUCCAUUUUUAAAUAAAUAAAUUAAUUAAUGAAUUAAUUAUAUAUAUGUUUUAUAUAUAUAUAUAUAUAUAUAUAUAUAUAUAUAUAUAUAUAUAUAAAUAUAAAAUGUGGAUUUAGUCGUAGGACCAGGUUUACAUAUCUGCACUAGAAGUUCUUUUUCUUUCCUUUUCUUUUUUACAGAGGAAGUUACACUUGUUUUUGUCAGUGUCUGCUUUUAAUAUUUUUACCACAACGUUGUUAUAUUACUAUUAUUACUGUUGUUGUAAUUAGAUGAAAAGUGGCUUUCCAUACACAAACACCAGUAUCGCAAAAUAGUCACACAUUUCUCUUUUUUCUUGGUUGUUUUUUUUUUCUUUUUUCCUGUAAAUAAAGACAUUUAAAUGAUUUGUUGGAGUGGACAAACCAGACCAAUUAGGUGCUGCAAAUGAUAAAUGUUCUUAGUGUUUAAAAAGUGUCUUGGUUGGAAUUUUUUGGUCAGACAGCUGUGCACAUCUAUUUUGACAUCAAGUGUACGAUUGAAACUAAUUGGACGUUUAAUCAACAGAUAUUACAUUCACAAUUGAACAGACACUACUGUAUUUCGUGGUGCGAGUUUAACACACUGACACCACCACUGCACACAAGGAAUCUAAAUUAAUGUGACUCUCAGAAAGCACAAAUUGUCACACUAAUUCUUUAUACUGAUCUAGUACAAUAAGCUUUACCUUAUAACAUUCAUCCUGUCCACCAUCCAUCCAUCCUGUCACUGGUCUGUAUUCAGAGUUGACAACUUCAGUCCAAAAUUUACAUCAGUAUUUAUGAGGGGAAAAUUACGCAUAUUCAGAGACGGGCUGCACAAACUGGCUCCUCAUUUAGAUUCUGCAGUUGACCUGCAAUGUAAUUCAUGGAUGUGUCAUUGCCAGAUUUUCCAAGCAGAAGCGUCUGACACAGAGGUUUUUCAGUAGUGUCUAGACUGCCAACUUUAAACAGACAAAUGUACCUUUAAGCCCAAACUAAAACAAGGACAGAAUAUGUAGACUGAAAAAAUAUAUUUUUCUUUCAUGUCAAAUGUAAUACAGUGAAACAUAAGCUCAAGAGACCACCGAAAAACAAAAAAGACAAAUGCCAUGGCAACUGAAUGAGAAAAUGUCAAACACUGAAAUAAAUCUAAUACCAGUCUGGUAUAUUGGCAGUUAACAGUUAUUCCAUGGAAUCGAGUCGGCUAUAAGCCAUGUAUGACGAGAUUGAGCGUAAUAACUGUUUUAUUCUAGCCACACUCACUGGAUUUUGAGAAGCAGAGCGUUUUUAUUUUAAUUUUUUGCAAAUUCGAUAAAUAAAAACUUGAUACAAAACGUCCGACAAAAUAAUUUCUGCUUAGAGUCUAAACAAACCGGUGAAAUCACAGGAACAAUUUGUGAAAAAUACGAUAAUAAUAAUUCUUGAAAAAUAAAGAUACAUUCUUACCAUCAAAUACUUUUUUUUGAUGGUUGGCAAACCAACUUAAAGGUGCAUUACUGCCACCGACUGGGCUGUAAUGUAGAACAGGCAAUAUGGUGGGGGGGAAAAACCCCAAAACUAUAUUCUUUUAGCUGUUUUUGACUUGAUAAUUUUUGAGGUUUUUGUUUUUGAGUAGAGUUUUUAUUUCGUCCUCGGUUGGUACACCAGCACACGCCGCCAUUUUGUUUAUCUCUACUGGCAGUAUAUGAGCUGAUAUCCUAGUAGUAGAGGAGCCAAUCAGAGUGUGCGAUUGCUCAUAUCCAAUGAAUGUGGAUAGAAUAGUAGUAUACUAGGAAUAAUCCUAGUAGCAAUUAUCACAUUAUUCACUGCAAAUUUUGCUUAACAGUAUGGCUUCCAACGUCAUCUUAUUAAAAAAAAAAAAGCUUGUAAAAUAGCACUUGAUCCAGCACGUCUUAUUAUUUUGUAGAUUUAUUUUUAUAUUGUGAACAAACAAUUUAAUCAAGCCAGUUAAAUGAAGCACAGGAUGUAUGAUUAAUGAACUGUUGUGACUAUUUUGAUGUGUGUCCUGUAAAAAAAAAAAAAGUGCCAACGGUUUAAAAGAUAAGCUGACCACGUUCUCAUCUGCUCUGCUUAUCGUUCACUUUAAAUGUUGUUCAUAAUUUUAUCCGUAAGAUCCAUCACUCAGGCCUCAAUAAACAAUGCCUCUAAUUAAGAUGCUGUCUGUCCCCAAUCUCCUGUUUGAAAAAAAAAAUCAUGACAUAGUGCCCCAUUUAAAAAAAAAAAAAAAAAAAGUAAUAUUGGUCAUUAGGCUUUUUUUUUUUUUGGAUGAAUUUAUGGCCCAAAACACAAAUUCCAAUGUAACAUCAAUCUGCCUGAUAGUGGCGCUGGACUUAAUACUGCUGCUUACCUAAGCUGAUAUUGCGCUUAACUCCAAGGUUAAGAAUUGUGCAUAACCAAGACAGACCUCUGUUUUUGGUGAACUCCACCUCGCAUGAGUAACUUUCACACCAACACUGAAAUAGCACUCAAUCUUGUGGUGAUGUCUGUGUUCUAGAUAACGGGAUGCACAGUUUUGGCAUUAAACCCUCACUAAGCAUGUGUAACUCAACUCUGAAUACAGCCCAAGUACAGCAUUUUUUGCAUGUUUCUCAUAUCAGUGUAAUUAGAUCUUCAAACAUUCACUUUUACCCAAGUUUCAACACUCCCUAAAUAUCCAACGGUCAUUAUUAUUAACCAGCUUAAUAAAACUGUAUCAGGGCUUAGACACAUGCUGAUACUGGCAUGUUAAAAUAUGGAAUUGCUCUUAUCUAAGCUUUUGUGUCAUACCAAUUCAGAAAUAGUAUUUUAUGGUGAAAUCCAAGUUGUUUGUACAUGUCAUUCUUUUUUUCCAUUGCUUUUUGUAUUCUUAAUAUUAAGAUUGUACUUGGCUUCUGUCUGCAAUUAUAUUUUUAUAGGACAAAAUUUUAUAUAGAGCUUUUAAUUGGUGCAAUUGGUGGAAAUUGUAAUGUGCAAUACUUUGUAGAAUAAUAUGCAUUGUCCCUGUCUUUUAAAAAAGAUGGUACUUGCAGUGAAAAAUUUCUUUUAUAACAAAGUAGCAGGAAACAUUAGGGCACAUUGGGGGCCAAUUAAUCAUUGGAAGGUAACAUCAAAGUUUAAAAAAAAAAAAAAGUAGUAUUUACUGUGAUACUUUACGUAAUUUAGUGUUUUAAAAAAGAAAUGCUAUGAAUUUCUAGCAGUUUAUGUGUCAGAUAACGUACAUUAAUCUUAACUUAUCUUAUAUGAUUUUUAAUAAGCUGAUUUGGAUUGAUGUAUCCUGUAAUUAAACAAUGUAGCCAAACAACUUUUAUUUAGUUGUUAAUCAUGAAGGCCAACUCUUUGUUUUUGACCUUCCGGUGACAAAAUGCAAGUGUUGCUUCUGAAAAAUGGCUUAACUGAAAAUCAAAUAAUACGAUUUAGUGCAAAGAAUUCGAAAUUGCAGUCCAGAGAUCAAUGAAAUAUUCCUGUUUUUUGUUUUUUUUUCCAAACCUAGCCGUUAUCCUGUGUACGAUACUGAGAGAAGAACCAAGAGUAGUUGGGCUUAAUAUUCAUGUUUUAUUCAUACUGUCCAAACUGUUGUCACUAAUUGCCCACAAGCAACACAUAGCUAGGUUUGAAAAGCUCUGGAAUAUUCCGUUUAGUCUCAGGAUAUGAUCCUAAUGCAGAAACAGAGAUAUCUUUAAAUCUUUUACACCUACAUGGUUUGGCAACAUCUAUGCGUUAUUAAUUCAUGGCAGGCCCGGCUCCAGCUCUCAGUAACAGGGCCAGGGAGAUUUGGUGGGGGGAAAAUGAUAUAUAAAUGUAUAUUCGGAAGAUACAGGACAUUUCAGACAGAAGUCCUUUGUCAGCUGCGGGUUGUGUAUAUAUAUUUGUGGCACUGAUGCUGCCUGUGGCCCAUCGAGCAGUGGUAGCGGUGAUCUGUGUUGCUGAUGAUUGGGACAGAUAAAGCCCAAGCCAGUUUGAGUAUGAUAAAUAAAUAGAAAUACAUAUAACCUUGUGAUAACGUUUUUUUUUCUCUCUCGCUCUUUUUUGGGUGGGCCAGACCCACCCCGCACCACCCCCACUCCCCCAACCAACCCUCAGCCCACCCACCCCACUCCUAAACUCACCCUGGAGCCAGGCCCAAGUCAUGAGAACAUAUUAUUAUUAUUAUUAUUAAUUUUUUUUUAUUCGUGAUAACAUGGAAGCAAAAGUGUUUUAAAAAUAUUUUGGAGUACCUAAUUUUUUUUUUUUUUUUUAUUCCUUAAUAAACAUUUAUUUUUGAAACAAUAAAGAAAGGAAAAGCCUCCUGCUUUUGCUCAACGUUGCCAGAACGAAUUUCUUUCUAAAAUUUGAGGUGAACUUAAAUCAAAUUGUUUGAUUGUAAUUCAGUCAUGCCUUUGUGGUCAUGAAGGCUUCGAGGUGACACACUACCACACAGUGUCCCUUUAAAGUGACCCAACAACAAUGCUAUUGCCAAGCCAGGGUAAUUUCACACAUGCCUGGCUUCCUAAAAUAUGGCUUGUGAGGACACAACCAGAAGCGUCAUGUUAGGUCAUGGAAAAUUGGUCCCGGAUAAACCUGAACAUUGUCUCGAUGUGCAUCUUCGUUCUGUUCACUAGUGGCUUUACUGUUUCAGUGGUCACUGAGAGGUGCACUGAGCCAAAAAGGCCGAUCCUUUUCCCCAGCUGGAGCUGUAGUAGUGAUCUUAUUUGAAAUAGACUGAUAGCACCCAAGGGAUGAGAAAUCUGGAGAGUUUUCAAAAAUGCACAAAACUUCCCAAGCUUAACUUGCAGAAGGAAGAAUCGUUUCUUUCUCAGGGUACAUAUGAUUAAUGAGUCGGAUUCCCAGUGGAGAUGGAAAAAUCUGCUUUGCUUAUUUUCAGGCCAUGGAAAUUAUAACCAUCCCAUUGUGGCUUAAGCAUAAAUCAUUUCAAA